AUGCCUGCAAAAACCGAGAGUAAAUGCUUCACAGCAGCAUACAAGUCGCCCGAUAAUGCUCCCUUCGAACUUACAAAAAGCCUCGCCACCCCGUCCACUGGCUCAGUACCCGACAAAACGAAGUACCUGGAGGCCCUUGGCAAGGCGGUGAUCGAAGCCCGAGAUGAAAUAAACAGACAGUUAUCUUCCCGAAUGGAGGAAGAUAAAGCUCGUGGAGCGGUCGCGGGCAAUGCCGAUGGCAAAUCAGCAGUCAAUGAAGACGAAGAAGAAGAGAACUAUGGCGAAGAAGCCCAAGAGGAAGAUUGA